AUGCUCGCUUCCUUGCGGUCCCUCGUUCCCAAGGACUGGGACACAGAGUAUGAAGUCUCUUGGAACUGGUUCUGGGAGAAUGUGGAGCGGAUGCUGAAGACGCUGCUCUCAAAGCCCAAGGGGCAAGUGAAGGCACUGUCGACGUUCCUGUCAAACCUCUCCGAAGACCAGACCAACUUCCUGCGUCGCGAUGUCUUUCGGCGGUUCUUUCUGACUGCACCUGCUGGCCAGGAUUACUUCAAGCAGUCGACAACGCGUCUGUUCUUCAUUGCAGACAAGGUCUUCGCCAUGACUGUGGACAUGUUCAACUCGCCCAGAUCCAUGGUCGAAGAUAUCUCUGCCUUGGGUCUCCGCCAUGUGGGCUAUGCCAUCCCAACAGAGCUCUUUCCCCCUUUCGUCUCUUCGGCCGUGGAUGUCGUGCGCUCCAUCACCACGAACGACAUGGCGGAGAGCGCCUUCCGAUGGUCGCUGACCCUGGUGUCGAAGAUCCUGGUUCGGACCAUCUUGGAAGGGUCCACGAUUGUGAUGAAAGCGGUGAACACCAACUCGGAGAAGGCCUUGCGCCGUGCAAUCUCUGUUGCACCCCGCGGGCGGCGGGCACAGGAGCUCCUUGAGAUUUCAGUGGGGACCCAAUCCAUAUCACCUCUCUACUGGUCCAUCGAAAGUGGAAGCCAUAACUGUGCCAAGGCGAUGGUCGAAGACCUCCUCACGAUCCGGGCAGACCGUGACAACUACUACUACGGUUGCGAUGCGUUGUUCACCCGUCACCCAGAGGUCAUCCACAAGCUCUGUGUGGAUGCCCGUCAGUUGAUCUGGCCACUUCUGGAUGGCUUGAUCUGGCGCUCGCGAAUCUCUGUCCAAGGACAGCGUCGGGUGAACUACUACAUCAAGCACCUGGUGCAAGAUGGCGAGGGCAACUUUGCCCAGGCUCUUGAGUGGCUUGCAGCAUCUAAAGAUCCGCGUGUGGCCGUUCACCCCGUGGUGGUGCUGUUCUCCGACCUGAUGUGGACGCGGGUGGUAAUGUACCACUUCCUUGCGGAGCGGCUCUACUUUGCCUUCACCCUGGCAGUUUUCAUCAUCAGCCAGUCUGUCUUCACAAGAACCGCCAACAGCCAAAUGGGUGAGACUGAGAACCUCGUGGUUUUCAUCUGCCGAUGCUUCAUCUACCUUGGCAGCAUGUGUUUCUUGUUGAUCCGACAGGUGCGACUCGUGAUCGCCGACUUCCGUGCCGGAGACGUCAUGAGGUUCCACGGCAUCCCGGUGCCCAAGUGCGUGCUCAGUGCACAGGAUGUCGGCUACAUUGGCCUGCUCACGACGUUGAUUAUCAUGUGCACGCAAGAGCCUAUCUUCUGGUGCAUGGGCAACAUGGACGGCGAUUUCGCUGGGUCUGGCUUGUUCACUUCCACCUGCCCUGAAGCCGUGUCACAUUUGGAAGUGUACAGCAUCACCGCGGGUGUGUCCAUGUUCCUAUACUGGCUCCUGAUCAUGAACCUUUCGAUCUUCUCGAUGCAGAUAUCCGCCUUUGUCCUGGUCUGUGGACAGGUUCUGGGCGAGCUGCUGCUCUUUCUGACGUCCUUGGCUUUCCUGAUACUGGCCUUUGCGACAUCCGUGAGCGCGAUCUCCCAUCAGCUUCCUGACUUCGCAGGCAAAGGUUGGUUGGGAGAAGUACCCUCAAACAUGGCUGGUGUUACCGUUGUUGCCGUGGUCUUGCCGCUAAGGGGCUAUUUCUGUCACGACGACGGCGGAGACAGUUACGACCAAGAUAAGCCGUGA